AAAUAUUUAUAUUGAGAAUCCCUUGUACUGCAGACGACGUCCUCAGCCGCCGAGAUCACCUGAGGGCCAUCAUCUGAAUUUACCUGCAUUUACCUGAGGGCCACUAAAACUAGUGGCUACGACGAGAACAGGAAGCCGGCGGUUUGUCAAAGGUCCCCCUCAUUUGCCCUGAUUGUUUUAUCAAGCGGGAUUUUUAAAUUCAGCCGAGUUUUGGCAUUUACGGCUUUGGCUGCUCUCCUAUUGACCUACUGCUGCCCUCCUAUUGACCUACUGCUGCCCUUCUAUUGACCUACUGCUGCCUGCCUAUUGACCUGCUGCUGCCUGCCUAUUGACCUGCUGCUGCCUGCCUAUUAGCCUCCUGCUACUCUCGUACUGACCUCCUGCCCUGCUGCUCUAUUGUCUAGUCUUUUGGUAUAUGAUGGCAGAAGACAACACAGCUUUGAGAACCUGGCAGUGCUUGCAGAUGCUGCUUUAUACCUGUACCUUGAUAAAGGUCACCAGACCACAUAUUGUCAACCCACUUGAAUUUGCUGCUAAACAAGCAAACUGCAACCGAUCCAAACACAAAAUGAAAGUACAAAGAGUGCCGUUAAAAAGAGUGUACCGUAGUGCUUCAAAAAUGACUGGCUGUGAACCAGAUGUCAAUGCUGCUGUUUUUGUCAGUGAAAAAAAUGCUAUUUGCCUUGGACUGAAGCGUGGUCAGUGGCAGAAUGUUGCAUAUUGCCAUGAAAAUCCAGCAGAGAAUGGUGUAUCUAAGGAUCCUGUUAAUGAUGUUAGAAGGAGGUGGAUUAUGGUUGAAGUUAAUGCAGAUGUGCCGGAGGAUCAGUGUUAUGUUUCUCCUCUGCUUUUUCAUAAUUUGCAACAAGGUAAUGACAGUGGGGAGGUUUUUAUAGAAUUUGACAGCAAUUAUGAUGCAGUUUUGUCAGAUGCAGUCAGAAGAAUUUUGAUACUGUGGAAAUAUGUUCAUAGAACUGAUAUUAGUAAUGCAUGUAAGAGUAUUGUACAGUAUUCUCCAGAUGUUGCCAGUGAAGUGCAUGUUCAAGUUGUAGAAUCCACAAAGUACAAAUGUGGAAGUGAAUUAGAACCACUUCUUAAAGGUCAUUUUAGAAUUCCAAAAUUAAUUUCUGUAGAGGAUGUCUUAGUUGUUCCCAUUCCUAGCCAUCUUGCCGAAGAGUUCAUUGUGAGUAAUUCUUUAAUACCUCCAAAAUAUAUAUUUAUCAAGAUAUCUGGUGUAAAAGGAAAAUAUGGGAGUGCGACCAAGCAGUGUGUCAUUAUGAAGAUGGGCAUCACGAACCUGUAUCUUGCCGGCACAACCCAGUGUUGUCUACCUUUACUUACAGAAAGCUUUGAUGAUGAGGGGGAUUUGGAUGUUCCUCCAAUUUUAAAAGAAAACUUUGUUAAAGUUAAGAAAGUAUUACAGAUGGAAAUGAAAGAGAGAAGACAGGUGUCUCCUGUUGUGUACAGUAAUUUACAUCAUAAAGGGAGCAAGAAUACAAAUACCAAGGUAUCGAGUGAUAUCUUACAUUCCAAGGCUAUUGCACAUCACUUUAAAGAUAAUGAAGAUAUAGAAAAGUGUGUUUGUGAAGCUGAAGAUGGCAGUGCAGAUGGUGUGACUAUAUUGUUGUUGGGACAGCCAGGUUGUGGGAGUAAGCGAAUUAUUAAACUGGCAGCAUCAGCUCUUGGACUAGGAGUGCUCUGGACUAACUCGUGGCACCUUAAAGGGGAUGCUAGUGGUGGAACAGAGGCAAGAGUACAACAGGCUUUUUUGAGAGCCAAGGCACAAGGACCUUGUGUGUUUGCUCUCUUGAAUAUUCACUGCAUUUCCAAGGAUCGUGAUGGUGGUGAGGAUGCUCGUGUUGUGUCUACACUCAGGGAGGAAAUUAUCAAAUUGUCACGAGAGAACACACAGGUGCUCCUGGUGGCCACAGCUCCUGAUCGCACUUCAGUCUCAGAUGAUCUGUGGAGUGUGUGGAGUUACCAGGAGUGUGUACAAGUGCCAGACCUCGGAGACCGCACCAUCAUGCUUGACUGGCUACUGUCCAAGUGGGUCCCUGAAGUGCAGACGCAAUCCUUAGCACAACGCACUGCUGGUUAUGUGCUGGGAGACUUUCAGGCUCUCAUUACUGCAGCUCGCAGACACUGUCUUUGGCGCCUGUCUCUGAAGCAUGAUAGCAAGAUGGAGGAACUUUCUAAAAGCAGCGUUUAUAUAGAGAAUACAAGAGAUCUACCAUUGUUGUACACCGAUCUUCUCAAAGCCCUUGAUGAAUUACAGUCAAUUCGUAGUGAAGCUCUGGGAGCUCCGCGUAUUCCACAGGUGCGAUGGAAUGAAGUUGGAGGCUUGGAAGAUGCUAAGCGCCAGGUCAUCAACACUAUUCAGCUUCCUCUUCGCCAUCCCUCUCUUGUCUCUAGCAGACUUCGUCGUUCAGGUGUGCUGUUGUACGGGCCGCCCGGAACAGGCAAAACUCUCUUGGCUAAAGCUGUGGCUACUGAAUGUGGUCUGAACUUUAUGUCGGUGAAAGGUCCUGAACUGCUUAAUAUGUAUGUUGGCCAGAGUGAGGAGAAUGUGCGUCAAGUAUUCGCCCGAGCUCAUGCUGCUGCUCCCUGUGUCAUAUUCUUUGAUGAGCUGGAUUCCCUAGCUCCGAACCGUGGACGCUCUGGUGACUCGGGUGGAGUAAUGGAUAGGAUUGUGUCAGCUCUGUUGGCAGAGUUAGAUGGUGUAUCAAGUGCAGCGGAUGUGUUUGUGUUGGCCGCUACAAACCGACCUGAUCUUAUUGAUCCCGGUCUCCUUCGUCCUGGAAGAUUUGAGAAACUAGUAUUUUUGGGUGUCUGUGAAGACCGUGCAAACCAGAUUAAAGUUUUGAAAGCUGUCACAUCCAAGAUACCUCUGGGGUCAAGUGUGAAAAUGGAAAAAAUUGCAGAGCUGUUGCCAUUAACACUCACUGGUGCUGACCUCUAUGCUUUAUGCACGGAUGCUCUUUAUGCGGCUCUUCAUCGUAUUACCACCCAAAUAUUAGCAGGUGUGGUACAGGAAGAGAAUGCCGUUGUUGUGGUUGAGGAAGAGGACUUCAAUGUUGCAGCAGAAAAGUUGGUGCCUUCAGUCACUCCCGGAGAGCUGGCUCACUAUCGCACUCUCACCACCAUCACUCGCACAUAAUAAGAUAAGUAUGUGAAAUUUCAAGACAAUGGCCUUAUCACUUAAAUGUACAUUGCUAGCAUCAAAAUUUGCUUUACAUUCAAUGGUUAAUUUUGUUGUUAACAUAUUUUUAAUGAAAGGAUAUAGAUAUGUUUGUUGUUUGUCCUGUACACCGCCCCCAUCCAGUGGGCAGUGGUGGAUAGGUUACAAUCACUCAGUUACUACCUACAGUUAGCAAGCUGGGGACAUUUGGCUAAGAUUUCUGGUAGCAGAUCAUUUUGAAUUAAAUAAUUACACAUAUCUGGAACAUUUGUUAUAUUAUUCUCUCUUAAUUCAAGUAUCUUUUGCACUCACAAAUUGGAAUAUAAUAAAAAUUAGCAGUCUUCACAUAAAGAAAGUGUCAAAGCAUUUGGGUAGAAAUACAGAAGUGUGUGACUGAUAAGAAGGAAUUAGUUGAAGUGUUAGUGAGAACAUAGUCGGUGAAGGAAAGUGACUGGUGCAGUAAAUCCUGGUUAGAAAAAAUACUAAGGUACAAAAACCAAAACAGAGUUGCAGAACUAGAAAAUAGGAUUGGCUUAACAGAAAUUGUGAGAGGGCCAAAGAACAAAAGUCAAAAUGGAGUCAAUGUACAAAGUGGCCCAAAAGUCUAAUAUACCAGCAAUACAAACAAGCAAGAAACAACUACAUGACAGUAAAAAAAGAGGCAGAAAGAAACGUUGAGAACAAGACAGCAGAAAACUGUAAAACAGAACAAGGUCUUUUCUAUAAUUUAUUACAGUAAAAGCAAAUUACAUGUAAAGGCUUCUGCUCAGAAGUUUUACAUUUCAUUCAAAGCUGUAUUUUUGCUUUCUAUAUUGUUCAAAGAUUUAAUCUAUUAGGAUGUGAAAAUUACAUCCUACAUAUAUUUUUAUUCUUAUUAUAUCAUUAUACAAAUUUAUAAUAUUUAACAGGCAAAUGGAUAUGGCAAUAAAUAAGUAGGGCUCUUCAGAACAGAAACUGUACUGUUUCUAGCUGCCUUGUGAUAGAAACAAGACAAGAGGCAGCACUUGGGUUGAAUUUUGAAUUAAAUUAAAUCUCUAACCAAAUAUAUAUCUUUUAUAUUAGAACUCAGAACUAAAUGAAAGUUCUUGUUAAUGAUUAAAAAAGGUAUAAUGUAAGAAUAAAAUAAAAAAAACAGCUUAACUUGCUGUAAAUGUAAGAAAAUAAUAUUUGACUAUAUUUUUUAAAUUUACUGUACAUGAUUAACAUUCCACACAGAUUAAUCUUAUUAUCUUUGCUAACAGAGAUUAAUUAUUAAUCUGUUACAUAAAGGGUUUUAAUUCUUCACAUCCUGUUCACACGCUCCAUGAAUAUAGUACAUUAGUGUCGCUGAGUUUGUGAAGUGUGCUUGUAUACUGGUGUGAUUAUACAAAUAAAUUUUCCACAUUUUAUAAGCCACUACCUCCUCUUAGUGUGUGUUCCAACCAUCUGUUUAAAGAUACAUUUUCAUCUUUGCCAUGCUAUCUAUUGUAUACACUUAUGACCAUUAAUACUUUUUUCUGGUUUCAAAACAGAAACAAGUAUUUGUUUCUGUUUUGAAAUUCAAAUUGUUUCAUACCAUUUUGAAACAGUAUGACAAAUUUGUUCCCUCACUUUUUUUAGAA